AUGAAGGAACUAUGGUUCUUAAGGAAUGACUGCACUUAUGGGAAUGGGAAAUGUGAUAUAAAUGUUACUAAGAAGAGGAUAAUGAAAGGCAUCUCUGACAGUGAUACAAGAAUGAAAGCAUACCAGAAGAGUGAAGAUCUUGAUAGUCAAGAAGCUUAUUUCCAUCUUCCAAGUCAGGAUAAACUAUUACUAUGUUGUGAUGGUGCUUCAAGAGGAAAUCCAAGUAUAGAUGGCUAUGGUAUAGUUGGGACAACUUAUACAUGUGAAUUUGUAGUGGCAAUUUCAGGAGGGAUAGGCAUCUCUACAAACUUAUAUGCAGAGGUGAUUGCAAUACUAGUUGCAGGAGAAUGGGUUGUGCAUAAUGGGUUUUUAGAACUGAUUUUCAGAACUGAUUCUCAUGCAGUAAAGAAGGCUUUCUACAAUAAAAAUCUUCCUUGGUUUGCAAUAACAAGGUGGGAGAAGAUAUGUGUUGCAGUGGUGUCAUGGAGCUUCACACAUAGUUACAGAGAAACUAACUUCUCUGCAGAUAGCAUGGCUAAGAAGGGAGCUGUUCUUAAUAGAGGUGAACAAAGAAUCUACACUAGUAAACCUGCAUUCUUGGGUUGUAUGGAAAGCCCAGAUACUGUGUAUUUCAGAUUUUGUUAA